GCGGCGGAGCUGACGGCGCGCCCGCCGGCCUGUGUCUUUCGCCAUGCUGCGCUCCGCGCCGCCAGGCCGCUACCUGUACCCCGAAGUGAGCCCGCUGUCGGAGGACGAGGACCGCGGCAGCGAGAGCUCGGGCUCCGACGAGAAACCCUGCCGUGUGCACGCGGCGCGCUGCGGCCUCCAGGGCGCCCGGAGAAGGGCCGGGGGCAGGCGGGCGGGGGGCGGCCCGGGCCCCGGGGGGCGGCCGGGCCGGGAGCCGCGGCAGCGGCACACGGCGAAUGCACGCGAGCGGGACCGCACCAACAGCGUGAACACGGCCUUUACGGCGCUGCGCACGCUCAUUCCCACCGAGCCCGCAGACCGCAAGCUCUCCAAGAUCGAGACGCUGCGCCUGGCCUCCAGCUACAUCUCGCACCUGGGCAACGUGCUGCUGGUGGGCGAGGCCUGCGGCGACGGGCAGCCGUGCCACUCGGGGCCCGCCUUCUUCCACGCUGCGCGCGCCGGCAGCCCACCGCCGCCCCCCGCCCGCGACGGUGAGAACGCCCAGCCCAAGCAGAUCUGCACCUUCUGCCUGAGCAACCAGAGAAAGCUGAGCAAGGACCGUGACAGAAAGACAGCCAUUCGGAGUUAGAGACCGUGCCGCUGGGCCGGCCUCGGAGAGCCCCCACGGACCUGACUCGGGCACAGGCCUCCCGGGAGGGCGCCCACCAGGCCUGCUCGCCUCCGGCUAGGAGUGGGCCGAUGGACAGACAGACAGGCGGCGGCAGGACUCUGAGCUGGCCACAGCACUUGCCCAGGCCCACUGGAACUUUCCUGCUGGCUUCCUACCUGGGUUUUCUUCUGGUCACUACGCGCUGGCAUCUUGUGUCUUUGAUAUGAUAAUAUAAAGUCAUGAAAUUUUGUAUAAUUAAAAACAAAACAAUA